AUGUCUUCCAAUGAUUCUAAAUUAUUUUCAUCCAUUAAAUAUUUUACAACUGGCUUUCGUGAUCCAUCAAUUGAAACUGAAUUUAAAAAAAAUGGUGCUAUACGUUCAUUUUAUUUAACAGAAAAAACAACGCAUGUUAUAUGUGAUGAUUUUGAAAGUAAUAAAGGUGAAUUAGAACAAGCUAUUGAAAUCUAUCAAACACCAAUUGUUACAUCUGAAUGGAUAACAGCAUGUUUAAAAAAUAAUAGUUUAUUACCAAUUGAUUCAUAUCGUAGUGCUGAUAGUAAUAUUAAUGAAGAUAAAACAAAACAACUUUUUCAAUCAUUAACAUUUGCUAAUGCUAAUUUAAUUGAUGAAGAUCAUAAUAAAAUCUAUGCAUUAACAACAUAUUAUGGUGGUCGAUGGAUUGCAAGUUUAGAUAGUUUUAUAUGUACACAUAUAAUAUGUGCAUCAGCAUUACCAACAAAAGAUCGAAUUGGUGAUGCUAAUAAUAAUCAUGAACAUACAGAUGAACGUCUACAAGAUGCAUAUGAAAUUCAAUCAGAUAAAGUACAUUUAAUAACACCAGAUUGGAUUCUGGAUUGUAUAAGUGCGAAUCAUAGAUUUGAUGAAGCUAAUUAUCAUCCAGAUUUACUUAAAAAUUCAAAUGAAUCAAUGGAUGUUGAUGAAGAUGACAAUGAUAUGGAUAUUGGAACAAAUGAUGAACGUACAUCGACAAAAGAUAUACCCCAAACAAAAUCUUUCGUAUCAAAACGAUCAUUACCAUCGUCAGUACCUCAACGUACUUCAAAAUUUAGUUCAUCAAUAAAUCAUAAUGGUCAUUCAUCUACGAAUAAAGAUGGGAAUAAUAGUUCCAUAUUACCAUUUGAAGAAAAAUUAAUUCGUCCAUCUGUUUCAGCAAAUCUAGAAAAUUAUAAAACAAAUUUACAAUUAUCACGUCAUGCACCACCCGAAACACAAUCCUAUGAAUUAAAUUAUUCUUUACAAGAUAAACAUGAACAAAUACCUUCAUCACAAUGUCUAUUAGGUUGUGUUAUAUAUAUUGAUGAACGUGAAUAUUCAACAACGGUAUCAAAAAGUGAUUUAUCAACAUGGUCACAAACAAUAACAAAACAUGGUGCUAUUAUAACGGCUGAUAUUUUAAAUUUAAAUUUAACACAUUUUGUUUGUGCUUAUUCAACGAGUGAUCUUUUUCGACAAGUUUCGAAACGUGGAAGUGUUCGAAUGGUUACAGCACAUUGGCUUAAUGAUGUAUUACAACGGAAAAAACUUUUUGUUCCAAAUUUAGCUAUUCAUUAUCCAUCUAAAUAUGAACCGAGCGAACCAGAUAAAUUACCAUUAGCAAAAGCUUCUAUUACAAUUACUGGAUUUGACGGUCUUGAACGUGCUCGUCUUCGUUAUAUGAUUCGUUCAUUAGGUGGUAAAUAUUAUGGUCAUUUAGGUCGAUGGCAUACACAUGUAAUUGCACAUGAAAGUGGUACUAGUGAAAAAUAUCUCAAAGCUUUAGAAUGGUCAAUACCAGUUGUAAAUGGUCUAUGGUUAUCAGAAUUAUUUUUAGGCAAUACAAAUGCACUUAAAGAUCCAUUAGAUGAUCGUUUUCGUCGUCUUAGUGGUACACCAACUGUAGAUCAUUUUUCAUUUGAUCAAAGUUUUGUUCAUGAAUUACUUUUACCAUGGUCACAACCAAUACGUGUAUCCGAUGAACUUCUUAAUACAGCAUUACGUCGUCAUAAUGAUCAACAAUAUUCAUCAUAUGAUAAUGAUUAUAUGAAAAGUUCUUAUGAUUCAACAAAUCCAUUAAUUGAUUCAUCGAUAACAAACAAUGGUCCAUUAUUAAUAAUGCUUAGUGGUUUUAAUGCCAAAACAUUAAAUCAUUAUGAAACAAUAAUAAAAUCUUUAGGUGGAAAAAUUUCAACCUUACCAAAUUAUACAACACAUUUAAUAAUGAAUAAAUUUUUACGUACAGAAAAAUUAUAUGAAUGUAUGGGUUAUGUAUCAUAUAUAUUAAAUAAAAAAUGGUUAGAUAAAUGUAAUGAUGCUAAUAGUUUUUUAUCAAUUGAAGAAUCUGAUUGGUUACUUGAUGAUGAAUUAAAACCACCACGAAAUUUAUUAAAACAAUCAAUUGAUAAACGUUUAUCAAGAAAAAAUAAACCAUUAUUUACAGGUUAUACAUUUUUUUUAACACCAAGUGUUCAACCAUCACAAAUAACAUUAAAAUCAAUCAUAUAUUCUCAUGGUGGUAAUGUACGUCGAGAAUUUCCAACAAUAAAACAAUUAACAACACAUGAUGAACAAACCAAAAUACCAAAUUGUUUAAUUCUUACAUGUGAUAUUGAUAAAUUAUUAUUAAAAGAUUUACAUAAAUAUAAUAAUACAGAUUUUGAAAUAAAAAUUUUAUCUAUUGAUUUUGUACUUGAAAGUAUUGUUCAACAAGAAGUACUUAAUAUUGAAACAUAUGUUGUUAAAGCAUAA